UGUAUACAGUUUAACCCGAGCGUUUAGCUGUUAAACAUGAUUCAAGGACUUCUCAUUGUGUGCUUCUUUUUUGGAGGCGAAGUGUUGGGUGAAGAAUCAGCUUGUUACGCACCAAACCGGUUUGAAUACGAGCAUAAAGUACUAGAGAAACUGAUUUCUUUGGAACAAUUCAAAGCCGAUGUUACCGAGAAAAUGCUUUAUUUGGAACAGUCAAAAGACGAUGCUACCGUGAAACUGCUUCAUUUGAAACAGUCCAACGUCGAUGCUGCUGUGAAACUGCUUCAAUUGGAACAGUCCAAAGCCAUCGAAAGGAUUGAUUCUGUGGAGAGACAAUUGCAAGGAACAACUACACAAGCCCCACAUACCACGCAGAGUUCGUCAACAUACGUGCACUGGGGUAUGAAAACGUGUCCGAACGUGACAGAUACAACUCUGAUUUACAGCGGACAGGCUGGAGGUGGAAGGUAUGACCACCCAGGCUCAGGAGAAUACGUUUGUUUGCCGAACGACCCAUCAUAUGAUCAGUACAAUACGGAUCUGGAUAAUGCAAGGUCAUGGAUGUACGGUGCCGAGUACGAAACAUACGAUGUUCCAAUUCCUCCAAUUUUUAGCACUCUCGCUAACUUUGACGUCCCAUGCGCUGUUUGCCUUGCCAGACGGAAGACAAGCCUGAUGAUACCUGGCCGUACAUCGUGCUACGCCGGCUGGACCAAGGAGUACCAGGGAUACCUGAUGGCAGAAUAUUAUAAUUACCAGGGCAAGGGAUACGUCUGCAUGGACAAACUUGCGGAAGGUUUUGAUUCUCUUUCUGGCAACGAAAAUGGAGCCCUGUUCCACGCGACAGAAGGCCGAUGUGGCGCUCUGAGAUGUCCUCCUUACAUCAACGGAGCAGAACUAGCCUGCGUCGUUUGUUCAACCUCAUAAAUAUGAGUGUAAUACAUGACGUUUUGAUAAGAAAAUACAUGUGUAAUGACGUUAAAAUGCUUUAAUUUAAGUAACCAUAUGCACAAUAUAAGCAAAUAAUAAUUACCAUAUACACACUAUGUCUUUAGAUUAUUUUUUUAUAAGUAUGCUAUUAAUAAACUGACCUUAUGACAAGUGUAUUUUACUUUUAUGUGCAUUUGAUCGUAUUUACACCUCAUAUUGUGCUUCCAUUUUUCUAAAUGACUAAGAAGAGCAUUACAAUAAAUUAUGUCGAAAAUC